AUGGUUGUGGAGAGUAUGGAUCCUGGUCGGAAAAGGAGUGUUACAGGAGGAAAUGAGCUCAGUUUUGGUGAUCUUGUUCUUGCUAAGAUUAAGGGUUACCCGAGUUGGCCUGCAAAGAUUACCAAGGCUGAGGACUGGGGUGUACAACCUAAUCCAAAUAAGUACUGUGUUCAUUUCUUUGGCACAGGGGAAAUAGCUUUUGUUGAUCCAGAAGGGGUAACAAAAUUUGUUGGUGAGAAAUUGGAGAAUGGUUCUAGAACAUGUUUGGGUAAUAAACCAAUUAGAACAGUAUUUGCAACAGCUGUGGAUGAAAUUAGUGCUGCUUUCGAAGAGUUAGAGAAGAACAAACUGGCGGGUGGCCAUGCAGAAAAUCCUGUGGUUAUAGCAUCUUCAGAUUCGGAAGUCUCAUAUAAUGAUGCGCUGGAAAAUGACCCCCAAGUGCACAUGUCAAUGACUGAAAACGAUAAUGGGAAUUUUCCUCAAGGUCCUUCUCCUGAUUCCCAAAAUAGAGAAGACAAUGAAAAUUUCCCUCAAGUUCCUUCUCCUAAUUCACGGAAUAGAGCUGCAGACGAUGUUCAAUUGGAGGAUCGUGUAGAAAAUCCUUGCAAUGCUGAAAAAAUGGUCUUGAAUGAAGAAUCUCACCCGGUUGAGAAAAGAUCUAAAGGAAAGGGGAAAAGAGUCUUAAAUGGAGAGUCUUCAAAACCUGUUGCAAAAAGAUAUAAAAGAAGAGGUAAAGGAAAAGAGUGUACAACAGAAAAAGUGGUCUCAGGCGAAGAGACUUCUUGCCCUCCUGCAAAAAUAUAUAGAAAGAGAGGAAGAAAGAAAGACUAUCUUAGGUUCGUCAUUAAGAGAGGGCAACGAUCCAAAAGAAAUAGCUCGAACAAAUAUGCAUCACAAUUGAAGCCAAUUAAUACAAAUCAAGAUGUGGUUGUUGAAUGCAAUGAAGAAGAAGAGGCGAGAACUUCAAUUAAUACAAUUCAAGAUGUGGUUGAUGAAUGCAAUGAAGGAAAGGAGAGGAGAACUCCAGUUAAUACAAUUCAAGAUGUAAUUGAUGACUGCAAUGAAGAAGAGGAGGCGAGAAUUCCAGUUAUAAGUGAAGAGUCUUCAACUAAAACCUACACUUUUAUUCACCCAUAUUUCAAGCCUAGAAAAAAUGCAGUAAGAAGUAAGGUGAUUCCUGUUUGUGAUUCAACUGCAACUGAAAAUACUCUUUUAGAGGAGUCUGCAGAACAAGGGCGAGAGGUAAUAUCUUUUUCUGACAAUCCGGGUGAAAAGAUAUCAAACAUGAACAUGGGACUUGAUCCACCUGUUCUAUGCGGCAGUUCUGAAAAAACAGAUGCACCUGUUCCACAUGUUUUAUGCACAAGUUCUGAAAAGGUAGAUGCAGUGAUGGAGGAGGAGCAGGAUUUGCCUUCUUCCAAAGAAAGGGUAGAAGUAGUUGCUGUCGUAAACCUAAAAGAUCUAAUAGCGGCAGCUAAGGAUAAAUUACGAGAAUCUCGCACACCGAAAAAUGUCAUAGCUACAAAGAGCCCUAGCUAUAGCCCUAACCCUGAGCCUAUCCGAAGCCCUAGCCUUAACUAUAGCCUUAACCCUGAGCCUAACCGAAGCCCUAGCCUUAACUAUAGCCCUAACUCUGAGCCUAACCGAAGCCCUAGCCCUAGCUAUAGCCCUAGCCCUAACUUGGAGCCUAAUCGAAGCCCUAGCUAUAGCCCUAGUCCUAACUUGGAGCCUAAUCGAAGCCCUAGCCUUAACUAUAGCCCUAACCCUGAGUCUGAGCCUAACCGAAGCCCUAGCCCUAGCUAUAGCCCUAGCCCUAACCUUGAUCCUGACCCUAACCGAAGCCCUAGCCUUAACUAUAGCCCUAACCCAUGCUCCAGCUAUAAUAACCCUAGCCCUAGCUAUAGCCCUAGCCCGAUUCUAGAAAAGGAUGAGCACCUUCAAGUGAGAAGUGUCAGCUCUGGAACCAAGGAUGAUAGGGGUUCAGUUAAAAAGGGGGCUAAAGAUGCAACUGUAUAUCGUGAUUCUUUCGAGGAAAUGAUAGAAACGCUGACCAGAGCUAAAGAGAGUAUAGGAAAAGCAACUCAUCUUGCACUAACUUGUGCAAAAUACGGGGUUGCUAGGGAGAUAAUUGAGCUUAUAAUCCGGAAGAUGGAAAAUGAGAGUUGUAAUCAUCGGAAGGUGGACCUCUUCUUUUUGGUGGAUUCAAUUACCCAGUGUUCUCAUACCCAAAAAGGUAGAGAGAAACUAAAACAGCAUUAUGUUACCAGGAUUGCAAUGGAGUGCUAUAUCCCAGCGGUUCAAGACUCACUGCACAGAAUUCUGAAAGCUGCUGCCCCAGCUGGAAAAAAGAGUAAGGAUAACCGCAGUAAGUGUGUAAAGGUGUUUGGAUUGUGGCUACAGAGGAAUAUCUUCCCUCCAGCCUUCCUUUUGCAUUUCAUCAAUGCAAUGAUAGUCUCUACUGAUGAUGUCCCCGCUCCUCCUACGCGGGUAGUAAGAACUAUUGAGAUCCCCAUCAGAGAAGGCAGACAUAAAAGCCAGUAUACAAGAAUUGAACAGAAAGAUGAUAAUAAUAAUAAUGGGCUUGAAAAGGAAGAUAGAGACAAUGAAGAAGACUGUGAUUCUCCUUUGUCUCUUUCCCUGCCACCACCUCCAUCUCAUCCGCCACCGCCACCAUCACCACCACCGCCACCGCCACCACAACAACCACCACAACAACCACUACCACUACUAUCACUACCACUACUACUACUACCACCACCACUACAACCACCACUACAACCACUACAACCACCACUACAACCACUAAGACCACAUCCACAUGUUUCUCCAUGGGCUAACCAAGCUAGCCACAUGCCAGCAAACCCUUCAUAUGGUGCACAGUUUGAUUCUAGUGUAAGGACAGAAACAUUAUCCCUACAACAGGCACAGGCAGGACAAGCUGGACAUGGUCAUGACCUAGUUAUUGGGCACCAAUAUCAGCCUAUUAACAAUUCCCUCUUUCCUACUACUCCUACGCCUGAAAACAAUAACUCUCAGUUCACAUAUAGGAGUAACGAAACUCCACAACAUCCCACAUGUUUUAAUUCCCUUCUCGUGGAAAAAUAUGGUCCUUCUCCCCAGUCUACAGAUUUAAAUGGCCAGUUUUCUUAUAGGAGGCCCGAAAUGAAUUACGUUGGCCAUUCAAAUCAGGAAGACAAUUUGGGCUCUUCAAACAAUAAUGUCUUUCAACAUUAUGGAAGCAGCCUUCAACCAUUUAAUCAAGGUAAUUUUGUCACUCUGUCAAAAAUACAUUAA